AACGCUCAGAGAAGGCAAGAUGGACCUGGCCGCUCUUCUACAUUCCUUCAUCCCAUCGUGGAGCUCAGCAGGCAUACUCCUGUCGUACCUUGUUUAUCUAGCGCUGGCCGGCGCCAUUCUGCCCGGAAAGACCGUUCCUGGUGCCGUGCUCUCCGAUGGCACCCGGCUGCACUACCGAUGCAACG